GUCUUCUUCUUUCCAAUUCAAGAUGGCAGCGUCUAUCAGGAAGUGACAAAAACAACCCACAGAAGAACUAACAGAAAAAUACUGUUUUGGUCGAGUAAUAACACCGUUGCUGUGGAAGACGUCUGCCAAAGGUCACCGGGUGUACACAGAAUACUGUUUAAUUCGGGGUCAUGGGUGACGAGCGGCCGUGGUGAGCCUUCUGAUUGGACGAGCCGUGCGGUGGUCAUGCCUGGGCCCGUAGCCUGAUGCCCACCCUCUCCACACCUCUCGCCAUGGACGGGGAGAACUACCUGCACCCGGAGGGGCCUCAGCUCGACAGCGCCCUCUACGGGCUGGUCUCGUCCCCGCGGCUGCACACCACCAUGGAGAGCCAGAUGUACCCGUCGAACUCUUGGGGCUUCUCCCAGCAGGCUGCGUAUAACUUGCACUGUCCUAUGCAAUCUGGAAACCAGCAAUACCACUUGAACAGCACGUCAGAUAUGCAUAUGGAAAUGUUCAGCCCUCCGUCUUUCCACGAUGUGGACUUCUCUUCGCUCAACCUGCCCAGGAACGGAGACUUCGGCACGGACCUCUCCGGCAUAGAUGACCUCUCCAACACCUCGCUGUUCUCCUCCCCCGCCGACUCGCUGUCCGAGUACACAGACGCCUCUGACUUCCCCAGCAUCGGACACUACCCCCCCAGACUGUGGGACAUAAACACGCCCGCUCCCACCCAGCUAGAGUUGAACAGCAGCAGGUUUGAGGGCUUGAGCAGUUUGGAGGAUAUCUCUGCCAUUAUCAACGUGCCUCCCCUGGGAGGAUACCAGCCCCCACAGCGACCCCAGCAGCCGCCCCCAGAAGAGGAAGAGGAUGCAGAUGAAGAGGAGACGGAGGAGCUCGGGCACGUGGACACAUACGCGGAGUACAAACCAUCCAAAUCCACGAUAGGGAUCUCCCACCCGGACAUCGUGGUGGAAACCAACACCCUGUCCAGCGUCCCCCCUCCUGACAUCACCUACACCCUGUCCGUUCCCGAGACCACUAUCAGCAGAGGCCAGCUCUCAGCCCUGCAGCUGGAGGCCAUCAUCUACGCCUGCCAGCAACACGAGGUGAUCCUGCAGAACGGCCAACGGGCGGGUUUUCUGAUCGGAGACGGGGCCGGGGUGGGAAAGGGCCGCACCGUGGCCGGCAUCAUCCUGGAAAACAACUUAAAGGGAAGGAAGAAAGCGCUGUGGUUUAGCGUUUCCAAUGACCUGAAAUACGAUGCCGAGAGGGAUCUAAAAGAUAUUGACGCGCCCUACAUACCCGUGCAUGCCUUAAACAAGAUUAAGUAUGGCGACACAGCUACCUCAGAAGGAGUGCUCUUUGCGACGUACUCUGCGCUGAUCGGGGAGAGCCAGGCGGGCGGGCAGCACCGCACCCGGCUCAAGCAGAUUCUGGACUGGUGUAAACCGGGCUUCGAUGGAGUCAUCAUAUUUGACGAAUGCCACAAAGCCAAAAACGCCACAUCGACAAAGAUGGGUAAGGCUGUCCUCGACCUGCAGAACAAGCUGCCCCUGGCCCGAGUGGUGUACGCCAGUGCCACAGGUGCCUCUGAGCCAAAGAACAUGAUCUACAUGAGCCGCCUGGGGAUCUGGGGAGAGGGGACACCCUUCAAGGUCUUCGACGACUUCCUGCACGCCAUCGAGAAGAGGGGUGUGGGUGCCAUGGAGAUCGUGGCGAUGGACAUGAAGGUGAGCGGGAUGUACAUCGCCCGGCAGCUCAGCUUCUCCGGGGUGUCCUUCCGCAUCGAGGAGAUCGGCCUGGACAACGACUUCAAGCUCGUCUACAACAAAGCCGCCAAACUGUGGGCCGAGGCGCUGGCGGUCUUCACGCGGGCGGCAGACGAGCUGGGCCUGGUCUCCCGGAAGUCGCUGUGGGGCCAGUUCUGGUCCUCGCACCAGCGCUUCUUCAAGUACCUGUGCAUCGCCGCCAAGGUGCGCUGCCUGGUGGAGCUGGCCAAGAAGGAGCUGGAGGCGGGGAAGUGCAUCGUGAUUGGACUGCAGUCCACCGGGGAGGCACGCACCAGGGAAGUCCUGGACGAGAACGACGGCCACCUGGACAGAUUCGUCUCGGCGGCAGAGGGUGUGUUUCAGUCGCUGGUGCAGAAGCACUUUCCAUCGGAGAAGCAGAAACGAGAGAAGAGCGCUGGAAACAAGAGGAAACGCAAAACCAAGGGCCGGCCGCCGAAGUUCCCCAAGCCCAGCGUGGAGGUCGGGGGCGUGAUCAACAUCAGCGACGAUGACAGCACGGAGUCCGACGGCCUCGACAGCGACUCCAACUCCUCGCCCGACUCCCUCAUGGACAACGACGACGUCAUCUUCGUCAACCACACUAACUGCCACACUGCGAAAAUAGAGGAAAUGAAGCAAGAUCUCCUGUUCAAGAUUUCUGUGCUGGGGAAGGAACUACCUCUGAACACUCUGGAUGAGCUGAUCGACAAGUUUGGAGGACCAGAGCUGGUCUCUGAGAUGACGGGGCGGAAGGGCCGCGUGGUGCGGCGGCCGGACGGCAGCGUGCGGUACGAGUCUCGCGCAGAGCAGGGCCUCACCAUCGACCACGUCAACAUCAAGGAGAAAGAGCGCUUCAUGUGCGGCGAGAAGCUGGUGGCCAUCAUCUCGGAGGCAGCCAGCUCCGGCAUCUCCCUGCAGGCGGACAAACGAGUGCAGAACCAGCGGAGGAGGGUACACAUGACCCUGGAGCUUCCCUGGAGCGCCGACAGGGCCAUCCAGCAGUUCGGCCGGACCCACCGCUCUAACCAGGUCACUGCGCCAGAGUACAUCUUCCUCAUCUCAGAGCUGGCGGGAGAGAGACGCUUCGCCUCCAUCGUGGCCAAGCGGCUGGAGAGCCUGGGGGCGCUGACGCACGGAGACAGGAGGGCCACCGAGUCCAGAGACCUCAGCAAGUACAACUUCGAGAACAAGUAUGGAACCAAGGCUCUGGACAAGAUCACCAAAGCCAUCCUGGGGCACAUCGAAAGCAAGGUACGCCCUCCCAAGGGGUACCCAGGGGGCGACGCCAUUUUCUUCAGAGAAAUGAAGCAGGGGAUGAUGGACGUUGGGAUAUUCUGCAAAGAGUCUCGCUUUGGGAUCAGUACUGAGAAAGACUGCAGCAUCACCAAGUUCCUGAACCGCAUCCUGGGUCUGGAGGUGCACAAGCAGAACUCGCUCUUCCAGUACUUCACCGACAACUUCGACUACCUGAUCGAGAAGGACAAGAAGGAGGGGAAGUACGACAUGGGCAUUCUGGACCUGGCCCCGGGUAACGAUGAGAUCUACGAGGAGACGCAGGAGAAGUUCCUCACUGCGGGCAACCCUCAGGACGGCCAGGUGGUCCUGUACAAGAUCAGCGUGGACCGGGGCAUGCACUGGGAGGAGGCGUACGGCAAGGCGCAGACCCUGACGGGGCCCGACGAGGGCUUCUACGUCUCCCACAGGCUGAGGGGGAACCACCCCUGCGUGCUGCUGGCCGAACAGGGCCGGGGGAGGAACCUCAACCUCUACAAACCCAACAUCGGCAAGCAGGCCCAACCGGAGAGCCUGGACAACCUGCAGCGCAAGUACCGCAAGGUCACACCAGAGCAGGCCAAGGACAGCUGGGAGAAUCAGUUCACCUUCUCCUUCAGGAAGUGCAGCCACGCCAACUGGAACGGGAAGUGUAAGCAGGUGGAGGCGGGGCACGAGUGCUGGCAGGGCAUGCGUCUGCGUCAGUACCACAUGCUGUGCGGCGCACUGCUCCGCGUCUGGAAGCGCGUGGCCGAGGUGGUCUCCGACGUCACCAGCUCCAGCAUCCUGCAGAUCGUCCGGCUCAAGACCAAGGAGCACAACAAGCAAGUCGGCAUCAAGAUCCCGGAGAACUGCGUGGGCCGCAUCCGGGAGGAGCUGUCGCAGAUGGACAAGGAGGUGAAGAGGAGGCGCGGCGAGCGGGAGCAGCGGGCGCUGGAGCAGCGCCUGGCGGAGCAGCGGGAGCUGGAGCAGCAGCGCCAGAGGAAGGAGCUCCUCAGCCGCUUCUGCGGGGCGCAGACGCUCACCCUGCCCAGCCUGUCCUCCGCCCUGCCGCCCCUCUACCCCUCCCUCCAGAGGAGCCCCAUCGACGACAUCCUGGACCUGACCACCAGCAGCCCCUCGCCCUCCCCGGACAGCGCCGGCGGGCUGGGCUUGGACGGCCUGGUGGGGCCUGCGGGGGGCGCCACCCCGGACCACUUCAGCCUGGAGUCCCUGCUCUCGCAGGCGGACCUGAGCGUCCCCCACCCCACGCCCCAGGACCUUCUAGACAUUCUGGAGAGCCCCUCCAUGGGCCUGUCGUCCUCCUACGCCUUCCCCACCUCCGUGCCCCCCAUCUCCACCAUCCUCCCGCCCUCCUCCGUCGGCCUCUCCUCCUCCUCGUCCUCCUCGUCCUCCUCCUCCGCCUCCUCGGCCUCCUCCUUCUUCCCGUCCGUCCUGGCCCCCUCGGAGCCGCGGGCGGACCCCCUACCCAACGGCCACUGCGGCCCGGACUUCUUCAACGUGCGGGAGGUUCUGGACAACAUGCUGCGGACCAGCGAUCGGCAGUCCGUCAUCCGGUCCCGGACUCCGGACUGGGAUAGCAUGGCCGCUUCCCGUAGCCCGUAUACACACACCAACUUCCUGCCCCCGCCCCUCUGAACCUCUCCCUGAACUCUGACCCCCCCCCACCCCUGACCUCGGGGCCAGGUGUCACCUCAGCACUGCCUGUAGUGUGGACGUCGCCUAGAAUUCCUCUGUCGAGAGUGCAGAUGCGGUUUCGGGAAUUCUUCCUUCGAGGAAAAAGGAAAAAUGUUCCCCUGACAAACAUGAGUUCUGUAGGAGUUUUUCCCUCAAAAGAAAUGAAAGUUAGCACUUCUAUUUCCAAUUUUACGUCGAAAAAAAAUCUAGAAAUAUAUUUGAUGUUUUUCCUAAAUACCUCUCAACUAAGUCACCUAGUAGACACAACAGCAGUUUGUGUGUUGCAGGAUAUGUUGGCAGAGCUCCACGGUGAUAGACCUACCAGAGGCUCCCGCAAGUCAGACCGCUGCCCAAGGUGUGCAGGUUGUGUCUGCUGAUCAGACCAAGACCAGGAUCUGAAAACUCACAUCCUGGAGAGCCACAGUCUCUGCAGGGGUUUUAUGUGGUCAAAAACCCCUGAUCUAAGUUCUGUCUGCAGAUCAGGCUAAGAUCCCUCUGGAGAUCAGGCUAAGAUCUGUCAGUAGGAGAAGCUGGCAGCAGGGCACAAGAACCCCGUCCUGGAUUUGGGAUAAUUAAACCGAGCUAAAAGUGGGUCUCUGAUACAACACACACUGACCAGAGACCAAGCCCAGUCCCUGAAAGUCUGGUUUCCAGGUUUUCAUUGUUCUCCUGAUGAUGUCACUGCCUCCAUAUGAGGUCUCCAUUAUCCCAUCCAAAGGUCAAACUAUCACACCUCGGGUGACAUCACAAUAAGAAACCCAUCCUCUAAUUGUGACACGGUUACCUCAACGUGUCACUAAAAUAUUUUCAGAUUUAGGUUGAAAUAUGAAAUAUGAAAUUUUAUCUUUAGACUUUUAAAACUUUUUAAAAAACAUAUCUAUUUGUACCUCAGUGUGAUUACUACCCCCCACCUAAGACCACAGCACUCCCUGCUGGCCAAACAGAGCAUAGGCAGGAAGGUUUGAACAGGGAUCAAGAGCCAUAUGUGAUCUUUCUCACUGAUUUUCGAAGCUGUUGUUUGUGUCUUUCUCUGUGUUUGGUGAGCCCCUUGGCCUUCUUUAGCGCUCUUGGCUUCUACUGGACCUGGGCUUGUCGUGAUUUCUCAGCCGGGAUGGCGGUUUGGAAAGCAGCUGGUGUCGAAACGAAGGCCGGCUUAAGCCUGAGUUACACUCGCCGCGCGACCCUUUGCGACAAGCGUCGUAAGACGAAAGUGUCACAACACAUCACAUUUAUGCUCCAGCCAAGGUCUGCGAUGACAGUCCUGUUGUCUCUAUGGUAACCAGCCAAGGUCUGCGAUGACAGUCCUGUUGUCUCUGUGGUAACCAGAUGUCAAACGGCUGAAGUUGACAUUUUUGAAAACAUAGCGGUACCUGGCCUAGCCAAUCCGUGAACAGUGUCCCGUCUGGCUGUCCAAUCAACGCAGUGCGAUUCCGUCUGCGACAUUAACAAAGUUCUACAAGUGCGCGACACUGAGGAGAAAAGUGUCGUACUACACUACACAAAAUGUCACUUUCCUCAUACGACACUUGUCGCCAGGGUUGUGCGUGGAGUAUAAAUGGGGCUUUAGCCUCCUCGCUCGUCGAAGGACAGUCCUGUAGAGGUCCAGCAGCUGUAGUUUUCACGUCUCCCCCGUUCCCCUCUCCCAGUUCAAUCCUCAGUGUAUUUCGCCCGUAUCUGGUUUCAAUAUUUAAAAUAAUAAUAAUAUAAUAAUAAAACAGCCUACUGUUAUGACAGUGCCUUCCUUUGGAACAUGUUAAGAAAUGCAGUCGUUUUGAAUGCAUAGGCUUAUGUGUAUAUUUGUACUUGAGAGUCGUGCUACCAUAUUUAUUAUGAUCUCCAUGGUUUCUAAUUUAAUUUUGCCCCCCCCCCCCCCCAGAGAGGGCUGUGCUGCUGGGAGCUCGCCUCUCACCGCCCGUGAACUUUGCACCGUCGAAUAACAACCCAGACAUAAUCCCAAUCUCUGAAGGCUGCCUUCCCAGGUCAUGGGAUUAGGGCAGUCUGGGGAUUUAGAUGAGGUGUAGUGUAGUGACUUGGUUUCGCCCCCCGACCCGUGCUGGCACAUUGGCCCUCGUAAUGUGCCUCCUCUGGUUCCCUUUAGUUUUCAAAUUCUCAAUUCUCAAUUCUCAGGAAAGUCUAAAAUCAAUUGUACCCCCCCCCCCCCCCACCCCACCCCACCCCACCCCCCCAUCUGAUAUUCAAACUUGGCGUAUUUGCUUUGAGCCCUCCUCUUGAAUUUCAGGUGUGACAGGGGAGAUGAGUCAGCAUUAUUGUGUUGUUGCAGCACUCUUAAUUGGUUAACGAAAUGCCCAGGACCUCUAGCUCCUCUCCCGGUCAACCUUUGCAAUAGCAAUAAGGUCUGCUCGUCGAACAACGUGCCGCGUAAGAGCGAAAGUACUGUUUACACACAGCAGUUGAGGGUUGAAACUCGCCUGUUGAGGGUAAAAUUGAACUUAUUAUUAUUAUUAAGUUUUAUCUUCAGUGCCGGUUGCACCUGCUGCAAAUUCAUAAAACAUUGUGUGAAAGUGAAUUGGUGAUUUAUGUCUGGAUAAAAGGUUGUCCUCUUGCUGUAUAAAAGGUGGGGUAAAAACACAAUGUGCUGUUAUUGAUAUUGUCCUUAUUAUUAUUAUUGUCACUUGUAUCAUUAUUGUUAUUUAUAUUUAAGGGACAUUCUACCAGAAAUAGUUUUUAGGUUAUAAUCCUGUUUUUAUUUUUUAGGUGAUAAUACAUUUAAAAGUCGAUUAAAGGUUUUUGUCAGGGAGUUUUUAGAAAAAUAAAAUGACUUUAAACAAAAUAUAUCUAUUGUAACCUGCCACCAAAUAUAUUGCACUGUUCUGUACUGCUGUUCUCCUUUCUCUAGUCUCUUUCUGUUUCCUGUUAUUCUGGUUUUAAGUAGAAUUAUACUUUCAUUAUGUUAUUUAUGAUUUUGGGGGGGUUUUUUUCAGCUGGGGCUUUAGACUGCAGAGUGAUACCAAAGUUAACCGCACCUGAAGUUACCGGCUGCAUUCAAACUGUUGUCAAUCUCAGGAAGAAAUCUACAUGAUAUGUGUCAGCAAGUUCUUAUUAAAACGCAUCGCUAUGGUUUCCUUGACAACCGAGUGACAGCUGGAAAACAAACCAACAGAGAGAAUGUGUGCUACUUUCUUCAUUCUGCAGUGCGAACAACGCGCGGUCUUUUUGUGUUUGAGACUUUGAGAUAUUUUGAUGAGAUAUUUUGGGGUUGUGUCCCUCAGUGUUGUAAUUUCUUUUAUUUAUUUUUGUUUGUUUGUUUUGGGGGGGGGGGGGUUAAGUGUGUGUAUGCCUUCUGAGGGCAAAGAUUAGAAGCUGUUUCACAAAAGGAACAUGUGAUUGUUUCUGUCCGUUUGUCUGUAUAGUUUAGUUAUAGGGCUAGUGGAAUACUUAAUGCAGAGACCUGGGGGUAUAAUGUGCCCCUCUCCCCACCUGGUUAUCAGUGACUUUUCACUCCCUUUUGUUUUCUCUGCGUUAUGUCGGUCCUGGGGUGACCAGCCCUGAUCCUGGGGAGAAGCAGGGUCUGCUGGUUUUUGUUUUCACCUUAAAUACAACCACCACUUUAGUUCCAAGAAACCAGGUGAGAUGAGCUAUAGCCGUCUUUAUCUGCUUCAACUGAUCAUUUCGGUACCGAGUAACUACAAAACCCAGCAUGCCCCGCGGCUCUCCGGGACCACGGUUGGUCCACCCCCGUGUAGGUCUGUUGUGGAACUGUAGUUCCAGUCACAACCUCCCCAUUACCCCUCUCCUGUACAUGUUCCUUUCUCCUUCUCGCGUCUUUGACUUCUUCACAAACGAAUCCCGAUGAGUCUGAGCCCGUUUGGCCGCGCCUAAUGGUCUCGCUUGUCAGUACUUCGCAGUUUCCUCUGUUCCCGUGUGCGUGCGUCUCGCGCCAGUGGCUGCCUGCCAGGCCAAGCCCAAUUAAACCCAAAGAGGGAAACGUAGGUGUGGGUGCUGCGCGUCAGACAGUCGACAGGGGGACGCCCCGUAUUUUGUGAAGCGCCCUUGGUGACCCCACCCGUUAGUGAUCCGGGUGAUUAUGCGCCUGCGACGAUGUCUUUGAUCACCAAAAAGAAAAAAACCCAACGACAUCCAGUUUAAUCACAUCAUUAAUAUUUCCAUCCUCACCCAAAAAAUGAAUCGUUUGAAAGGACAUAAAAAACGCUUUUGAGUGCGUGGCCUGUGUUGGCGCGUAUUGAGGUGAUGCAGUGAAUUCAUCGCAAUCUCCCACAUCAUGUCAAAUCUUUCAUAAAUACAAAAUGAGCAACUUGGCAAUAAAGCGCGGGCAGAGAAACAAACGGGGGAAAGGGGACAUGUUGCAUCGAAGAGAAAUACAUUUCACCUCAGAAUCUGUCCUGUUUGUCGUCGUCUUUUCUUUCUUUUUGCACUCAGAAUGGCAUAAUCGGUUCUUGUUGCCCGUUUUGUGCAUUCGGGAGCCGAAAACAUUCAUGAUGAUUUGACGGAUCGCUUUUUUAUAUAUUGUCGCCAUUUUCCCUUUCUCAUCACCCUGACAGAUAUCAAAAAUUAUCACAUACAAGUAAUUUAUUGCUAACAACAAAAACAAAACAAACAUGCUACUGAUUGUAUGUAUUUUUUAAACAAAGGCUAUUUUUUCUGUAAAACUGUGUUUAGCACUUUUAUUCUGGGUUUUGCUUUUGUUUUUCUAUAUAUUUAUAAUUUAGAUGGAACUGUAUAUAUUGUAAAAAAAAAUUGUGCCUUUCAACUAAUUCUUUACAGAUUUUCUACUCAUAACAGAUGGAAGGAAUAUAUUGUAAUGCAGUCUUGACUUUGUUAACAAAUAAAUAUUCAACGAUUGCUGAA